AUGGGCUUCUGUUUCACUAUUGUAUUGAGCAUUUCUGCAAGUGCCAAUAAUUCUUCUGUAGAAGUUACCAUUAAACUAAUCAAAAAUACAUACCAAAAACUUCUAAAAUACUGCGUUUUCGACAUAACAGCCGCCUAUAAGAAUCACACAACUUUACUUUCUGAACUUUGCGACUUUUAUCACGACUGUUUAGUAAUAGAUAACACUUUACAAGAUUUCCCGCUUUUCCUGGCUCUGGGUAAUAACUGUAUAGAAAACCUUGAAGAGGACUCUUUUCAGAUAAUUCCAUUGACUGAGCAGAGUGCAGCCGCCUCUGAAGAUGCCGUUGUGUGGCUGACCUCAAAUGGUAGCAAAGUAGCAGUUUUAGACGCUGCUAUUUAUUUAUUUGGCGCGGUAUUUCCAUUCUGCCAAAGUAAAUAUCAACUUCAGUUGAUUGAUUAUUUAGUGAAUCAUUUUUAUGAAAAGAAAAAGGCAACUGCUAACGUUCAAUUAAACAUUCUUGUGGCCAUUUUGGCGGUUUUUCGUCAGCUGUUGUCCAAUAAAGUGGCUUUUAACAUCACAACGUUGAAGCGCCUUCUCCCUUGCUUUCGUGAGGCGCUUUCAAGCACCAAUCCAAAGCUUCGUAUAGCAGCCUCCCAGUGCUAUGGACACCUUGCCUUCCAUUCCGUUCCCUCGUUUAUUAGUGAGACUGUGGAUUUCUUGGUGGCGCUACUAAGAACUGAUCGAGAUGCUGUGCAUAGAACGGGCCUGGCCCUCUCAUUGGCUACAGUUAUAAAGCUGUGCCGCCGAACUGCCGAAUGGACCCGAAAGCGGACUGUUGUGAGCCUUCUUAUCGCGUUAAGUAAAGAUUUAGAAAAAACUGUGCAAGUAUGGGCCCUUCAUGGAUUGUGGUACAUGCUCGAAGGUGCAGUGCUCAACGGUUAA